UUAUUGCACAGUGUUAUUGUGCGUUUCCUGGGACAUUAUUUUCGUAAAAUGAGGAAGAUAAUUCCAGAUUUCUGAUUUUUAUUAUAACACGGCACAUAUAAGUCAAUAAUACAGAUUAUUGGACCGAGAAAUGGCAUCUAAAUUACCUAAAACUGCUUUGAGUUUGAAACAGUUCCUCAUACGCCAAGAAGUACUCAAACUAUACAGAGAAAUAUUUCGCACAAUUAAACUAGUGUCAGAUGAAAAUACGAGAAUAGAAUUGAAAGAAUGGGCGCGUACCGACUUCAGGAACAAUAUGCAUCACAAAGAUGAAACAACUAUCAAAGCCAUGCUCCACUACGGAAAGAAAUCAUUAAAAGAUCUACAAAGUUCUCUCGCAUUAAGUAAAAGUUAGUUAGAAUAAAAAACUUAAAUUCUCA